CUGUCGCCCGCGACCGGGGGGCCCAGCGUGAGCCUCUACCUGAGCGAGGACGAGGUGCGCCGGCUCAUCGGUCUUGAUGCAGAACUUUAUUAUGUGAGGAAUGACCUUAUUAGUCACUAUGCUCUAUCCUUUAACCUGUUAGUACCCAGUGAGACAAAUUUCCUGCACUUCACUUGGCAUGCAAAGUCCAAGGUUGAAUAUAAGCUGGGAUUCCAAGUAGACAAUUUUGUGGCUAUGGACAUGCCCCAGGUCAACAUUUCUGCUCAGGGGGAAGUUCCACGCACUUUAUCAGUGUUUCGGGUCGAGCUUUCCUGUACUGGCAAAGUAGAUUCUGAGGUUAUGAUACUAAUGCAGCUCAACUUGACAGUAAAUUCUUCAAAAAACUUUACAGUCUUAAACUUUAAACGAAGGAAAAUGUGCUACAAAAAACUUGAAGAAGUAAAAACUUCAGCCUUGGACAAAAACACUAGCAGAACUAUUUAUGAUCCUGUACAUGCAGCUCCAACCACUUCUACACGUGUGUUUUAUAUCAGCGUGGGGGUUUGCUGUGCAGUAAUAUUUCUUGUAGCAAUAAUAUUAGCUGUUUUGCACCUUCAUAGUAUGAAAAGAAUUGAACUGGAUGACAGCAUCAGUGCCAGCAGUAGCUCCCAAGGGCUGUCUCAGCCAUCUACCCAGACGACUCAAUAUCUGAGAGCCGACACACCCAACAAUGCAACUCCUAUCACCAGUUAUCCUACCCUGCGGAUAGAGAAGAAUGACCUGAGAAGUGUCACUCUUUUGGAGGCCAAAGCUAAGGUGAAGGAUAUAGCAAUAUCCAGGGAGAGGAUAACUUUAAAAGAUGUACUCCAAGAAGGUACUUUUGGGCGUAUUUUCCAUGGGAUUUUAGUAGAUGAAAAAGAUCCAAAUAAAGAAAAACAAGCAUUUGUAAAAACAGUUAAAGAUCAAGCUUCUGAAAUUCAGGUGACAAUGAUGCUCACUGAAAGUUGUAAGCUACGAGGUCUUCAUCACAGAAACCUUCUUCCUAUUACGCAUGUGUGUAUAGAAGACGGAGAAAAACCCAUGGUGAUACUGCCUUACAUGAAUUGGGGGAACCUUAAAUUGUUUUUACGGCAGUGCAAAUUAGUAGAGGCCAAUAAUCCACAGGCAAUUUCUCAACAAGACCUGGUACACAUGGCUAUUCAGAUUGCCUGUGGAAUGAGCUAUCUGGCCAGAAGGGAAGUUAUCCACAAAGACCUGGCUGCUAGGAACUGUGUCAUUGAUGACACACUCCAAGUUAAGAUCACAGACAAUGCCCUCUCCAGAGAUUUGUUCCCCAUGGACUAUCACUGUCUGGGGGACAACGAAAACAGGCCAGUUCGGUGGAUGGCUCUGGAAAGUCUGGUUAAUAAUGAGUUCUCCAGUGCUAGUGAUGUGUGGGCCUUCGGAGUGACGCUGUGGGAGCUCAUGACUCUGGGCCAGACGCCCUAUGUGGACAUUGAUCCCUUUGAGAUGGCCGCAUACCUGAAAGAUGGUUACCGAAUAGCCCAGCCAAUCAACUGUCCUGAUGAGCUAUUUGCUGUGAUGGCUUGUUGCUGGGCCUUAGACCCGGAGGAGAGGCCCAAGUUCCAGCAGCUGGUACAGUGUCUCACGGAGUUCCACGCAGCCCUGGGGGCCUAUGUCUGACUCUCCUCUCACAGUCCCAUGGCAUCAGGAGCACGGUGCCUGUCGGGGCUCCCUUGGAACCAGUCAUGGAUGCUUUGUACGUCACGCAACACCAGCAGAAGCACAUAUGUCUUCCGGAACACCGUGCCUUAGGAAUGCUUUAGAAUCUGAACUUUUAAAGACAGACUUAAUAAUGUGGAAUAUUUUCUAGAUAUCAUUUUUAUUAGGUUGAACUGAAAAGGUUUUUGUAAAUUUUCUGGCCCAAAAUUUUUUAAAACAUAGUUACUUUGGACUAGGGGUACAUUCUUACAAAAUAAACAGUUUUAAAAAUUGUUUAAACACAGAUACCUGGAAUAGCUAUCUUAGUGCCAACUGCUUUUUUAUUUUUUUACUUCAUCAAGGUAAUGUAGGUGAGUCACCUUUAAAGUUUUUUUUUUUGUUUUUUUUUUUUAAUAUUUAUCACUAGUCUUGGGAAUGGUUUGUCUUCAGAAUACAUUACUUUUUCUUAGGAAAAGGAAAACAGCAUAAAAAGAUGUCUGGUUUGCCUUGUAUAGGAAAAGGCAAUAUUGGAGGAAGAAAACUUAAAAGCUAGGGGACAAAAAUUUUAAAAAACCCUUAGAAACAGAAACUAUCCUUUUGUGGGAAACUGUUUCUUUUUUAUUUUUUUAAUGAAAAUUAUUUCUGCUUUCUUAUUUUGGGGGAAGUAGAAGCUGAAAUCAUUGAAACACUUAAAUUUUCCAUGACCAGAAGUAUGCUUCGGGCAGGUUAGUCAGUAGUAAACAAUAGUGAUUUUAUUUAUUUUUUACUCUCUGGGAAAGGAGAUAACACUAUUCCAGAAAGUGAAAUCAUGUUUCUGAGGUUAAGAAUCCCUUUUAUUGCACCUAGAAUAGUGCUAUGCACAGAGGCGGUGCUUCAGUUGUUCUGGGUAGUGUAAAAAAAAAACAAAAAAGUAAACUGGUAAAUUUUGUGCUUCAAGGCUGACUUAAGUAUAAAGUUGUUUCUUAAAACACUUGAAAAAUUAAAGGAUUUGUUUUAUAAUAGUAUUGAAAAUAUUGUUCAUAAUGAACGAUUGGUUGUGUUUGGUAAGUCUUUGAACAUGUGCCAUCUAGAUAGAUACCCAUGUAAUCAGGCUCCUAAGCCCUAACACAGUUGCAGCUGACUCUGCUUAACCUCCAAGUUCUAAUAAUUUGGGAUCAUUAUUACAAGGAAAUAUUACAACUUUGAAACUUUUCUCCAGAGCCAUUAAAUGAGGGAUAUGUAUGUGUUUAUGCUUGGUUGUAGUUGACCUAAGGCAGAGUUGAAUGAGCCUCCUAAAUAGUUAGGCCUACCGGUGCCUGCCUCUACUCCCAUCCUCAUAGGUAUAUUAGGAAGAAUGCACAGCAGUUGGAGCCUUUGCCAUUAUUAAAGAAGUUUUGUGAAUCAGCACAUCUGGAAAAAUAGCUCACACAACACAUGCUCUGUCAAAAGCAAGCCAAGAACAUGAUUUUUCUGAGUACCACUUAUUAAUAACACUGGUUCUUUGAUUUUGUGAAAUACUCAGCCCCCUGAAUGUCCAGUUUUUCUAAAAGCUCUUUGAACUCUUUGUAAGUUAUAAGUGUUUUUGUUCACAACCUGUAAUCUUAGAAGGCAUUCAGUCAACAAAUAUUUAUUUGGUUCUUAUAUGUAUUAUGCACAUAGAAUGGUUCAACUCUAGCAUCCCUUCCAGCAUUCAGUGCAUUCUAUUUUGUGUUCAGGUUAUUGCAUUGUUGAGAUAUCACAGUUCUUUGUAUAAGAUCAGUUCAAAAGAAAAAGUGCUGACAUCUUUGAUCCCAAAUUAGCAGUUGCUCUCAGAGGUGCUCUCAGUUUGCUGGGAUGUGUGAUGCCUUUAAUCUUAUCUUUUUGUGUUUGUAAGCUGUUUCAUUUUAUGUAUGUGCAUUUGUUUUAGUAGGUGGUUUAAGACUUUAAAUAGAUUUUUCUUGCUGA